UUUAUAAUCUAAAGUCAAUCAAUCUGUUUGUCUUUCUUUCUGUUCCUUCCUCUGUUUUUCUAAAUUGGUAAAUGAAUCCUUAUUACAUAGUAAAAGAGGAGUACCUGGGAUCGAGUUCAUCACAAUCGGGAGUGAUGGCUCCGCCGCAGCCAAUGGAAGGCCUCCACGACACGGGGCCACCCCCAUUUCUGACUAAAACUUAUGAAAUGGUUGAUGAUUUGAAUACUAAUCAUAUUGUUUCUUGGACCAGAGGCGGUGGGAGCUUUGUUGUUUGGGACCCUCACGCCUUGUCCACUGCUCUUCUUCCUCGAUACUUCAAGCAUAAUAACUUCUCCAGCUUUGUCCGGCAGCUUAACACUUAUGGAUUCAGAAAGAUUGAUCCAGGUAGGUGGGAGUUUGCAAAUGAGGGAUUUCUGAGGGAGCAGAAGCAACUUUUGAGGAACAUCAAGAGGAGGAAGGCAACAUCUCAGCCGCUUCCUCCGCCGCAAGCGCUUGGUCCUUGUGUUGAAGUGGGGCGGUUUGGACUAGACGGGGAGAUUGAUCGUUUGGUGCGUGACAAGCAGGUUUUAAUGAUGGAAUUAACGAAACUUAGACACCUGCAGCAGAAUACAAGAGCCUAUCUUCAAGCCAUAGAACAAAGGCUACAAGGCACAGAAAAGAAGCAGCAACAAAUGAUGUCUUUCUUGGCUAGAGCAAUGCAAAAUCCUGUCUUUCUACAGCAGUUAGUGCAGCAAAAACAGAAAAGGAUGGAGCUUGAGGAAGCCAUGACUAAGAAAAGAAGAAGGCCAAUUGAUCAAGGACCAAGUGGAGUUGGUAGUAGUAGUGAAGGGACAAAUCCCAUCAAAGCUGAGCCCUUGGAAUUUGGGGAAUACGGGUUUCAGGUGUCUGAACUGGAAGCACUGGCAUUGGAAAUGCAAGGAUAUGGGAGAACAAGGAGGGAGCAAGAGGAUGGAAAUGCAGAUAUAGAGGCACCAGAGAGUGGUGAUAGAGAACUUGAUGAUGGAUUUUGGGAAGAGUUAUUGAAUGAGAGGUUUGAAGGAGAAUUAGAUAUUCCAAAUUCUGAAGCAGGUGAAGAUGAAGAUGUGAAUGUUUUGGCUGAUCGUUUUGGGUAUUUGGGUUGAAGCCCCAGGUAAAAUAUAUGGGCAGUUGUUUGAUUCUACAGUUUACACUGCUCUAUCGAUGAUGACAGUUCCUUCUGGGUGGGAGGCUUCUGCAAAGCGAGCCAUCAGUUUGUAUUUUCCAUUGUGGUGUUUGGAUUUCUUGAAAUGCCAUUAGGCAAUAAUAUUCACCUGCAUUUCUUGCUAUAUUGACAGGACAGAAGAAUAACCAAGCAGUGUACCAGUGGAAAAAUAUCUUGUUUCUGGUGUUUCUAACCCUGUAUUCCAUUUUCUUUUGUUCCAAAAAUUUUCAAUUUUGUACAUCUUUUUUUCUCUUAAAUUUUCUCUUAUCUUGGUUAGGUUGAAGGCAGUGCUUGGAAGAUUCUCUAUCAUGAUUUGUCUCUGAAGGUUUUUUGUUUAUAUUUUCACACCUCAAAAUCACAACCUGUUCUAUAUGCACUAUGCAAUGCAUUUAAUUCAUAUCCAUUGCUUUAUCUGCCUCUUGUCUCGUAAUUCCUUCUCUUUUUUUGGCCUCAAAUGAGUGUAGAUUGUAGAUUGUCCUGAAGCUGUUGAAAUGGACAACAUCAUGUAGCUGCAAAUUCCUGGAACCACCAUUACUUGUUGCUAUUGGACUCAAGAAUUACUUGAUCUUUUUCCUGGGAUGGCAACUGGGUUCUCAAUUCUCAUUGGUGAUUUUCAUCUCCAUAUGUGCUUCCAAGUGGUAAAAAUUUCAAAUCUUUGCAAAGAAAUUAGCUUGUAAUUUAUAUAAUGUGGUAUAAUAUAAUGU